CGUCAAAAAAAAAAGGAGCAACCUUUAAAAAAUAAAUGAUAUUUUCAUGAAACCGACAGAGCAUUAAGUUGUGUAAUGAAGUGGGAGGGCUUUUAAAUUGGGAUACGGAGGAGCACACGAUCGUUGACGGAGAUUGAAGAAGAAAAGCUCCCAACUUUUUUUUAAUACAAUCUUCUUUUCAAGUCAAAUCCUUUUCUAUCACCACCCAAUUCCGCGGCAACACAACCUUCCUACAAGGCUCAUCUUUCUUUCCUCUUCUUCUGUGCUUAUCCCGCAAGAUCAUCAUCGUCAUAAAUGUCGCUGCUCCUUGUCGUUAUCUGCUUGUAGAGACGAAACCCUAGAAGAAGAAAAGAAUGAGUUCCACGGAGGCGGUUGACGAUCCCGGCCAGAUUAAACGUGCCUUGAUUGAUGCUUCCGCCGGAGCCAUCUCCGGUGGUGUUUCUCGUACCGUUACUUCUCCGCUUGAUGUUAUUAAGAUUAGAUUUCAGGUUCAGCUAGAACCGACGAGUUCAUGGUCUGUGGUCAGGGGGAACUUGUCAGGAGCAUCUAAGUAUACGGGGAUGGUGCAGGCUACUAAAGACAUUUUUAGAGAAGAAGGUUUUCGGGGGUUUUGGCGUGGGAAUGUGCCAGCUUUGCUUAUGGUCAUGCCAUAUACUUCAAUUCAGUUUACAGUACUGCAUAAGUUGAAAUCUUUUGCAUCUGGUUCUACUAAAACAGAGGAUCAUAUACAUUUGAGCCCUUAUCUAUCCUUCGUCAGUGGAGCUUUAGCAGGAUGUGCUGCUACGCUAGGAUCGUACCCCUUUGAUCUUCUAAGGACAAUACUGGCCUCACAAGGAGAGCCUAAGGUGUAUCCAACAAUGAGGUCUGCAUUUUUCGAUAUUAUCAAAUCUCGAGGGAUAAGAGGAUUGUAUAAUGGAUUAACACCAACACUUGUUGAAAUCGUGCCUUACGCUGGCCUGCAAUUUGGCACGUACGAUAUGUUUAAGCGUUGGAUGAUGCAGGACUGGAACCGACGCAUGUUAUCCUCCAAUAACCCUAUCAACGUGGACACCAACCUUUCUAGCUUCCAGCUUUUUGUUUGUGGGCUUGGAGCUGGCACUAGCGCCAAACUCGUCUGCCAUCCUCUUGAUGUGGUUAAAAAGCGUUUCCAGAUUGAAGGUUUGCAGAGACAUCCGAGAUAUGGAGCCAGAGUGGAGCGACGUGCAUACAGAAACAUGUUAGACGGUCUCAAACAGAUUCUGAUGUCUGAAGGGUGGCACGGUCUGUACAAAGGCAUUGUACCAUCCACUGUGAAAGCUGCUCCUGCUGGUGCUGUUACCUUUGUGGCCUAUGAGUUCACCUCUGACUGGUUGGAGUCAAUUUCUUGGUAGAGAUUUACACUCUUUCUCACAUUUUUAUAUCUUUUCUGUUGCUAGCAAUUUAUUAUAGGCUCUGGCCCUAUUCAUGGGUGUAUUAAGCACAUAUCAUAUGACCAUUGAUUAUUGUUGGGAAUUACACAAAGUAAAACAUCAAGUGUUGUUGGCAAUUUUAGAAGCGAGAUUAAAAAGCUGGGGAAGUGAAUCCAAUA